UUCCAUUCAAAACUAUCGAGUGGCGCCUCAGCUGUUCGGGUCAAAAAAGUUGAAUUUCACGAAUUUAACAUGGUAAAUGAUAAAAAGCGUCGCUCGCGGUCGCGGGAACGCUUCAGGGACGAGCGUCAGCAACAGGGAGUUGGCCAAAGGGAUAGGGAGCGUGAGAGAGAACGACCACGGGAAAGGGAGCCGCAACGUGGAGAGAGGCCAAACGAUAGGGAGAGGGACAGACGCCAGCGCCGUUCUCGUUCCCGUGAGGAUCGCAUCAGACGUCGGUCACCAGAUCGCCAGAGGCCCAGGGAUAACAAUGGCCCAGAGCGUUUACGUGAACGCGGUGGUCCAGGAGGAGGGCGCACGGGAGAACCGGAAAAGAGAGUCAAACUGGAUUCGAGCGCCAGUUCCGGAAAACCUGAUGGUAAAGAGGAUGAGGAAAUGCCAGAUGAGAAGCAAGAACACAAGCUAAAGAAGGAACCGCUCUCCCUGGAAGAGUUACUGGACAAAAAGAAGCGCGAGGAGGAGGCACGUGCCAAGCCGGUCUUCCUCACCAAGGAGCAGCGUGCCGCAGAGGCCAUCAAGCGUCGCCAGGAGGAGGUGGAGCGUCUACGCGCCGCUCAAGAUGCAGCCCGAGAGCAAAUGGCAGCUCCCAGAGAAAUAAACAUGUCCAUAGCCACCGCCCCAGCAACGGCACCUCCAUCGGCGCCAAUGCCGCCGCCUCCCUCGAGGCCAGAGAGACGUGAGCGUGGCACCAGAGGCGACAGGGGUGGUGGUGGUAGUAAUAAUAAUAACGGCGGUAAUCAUGGCGGCGAUGGCGGUGGAGGAGGCGAUCGCGGUGGUGAUAGGGAUCGGGAUAACAAACGGGCCGAAGAUCUCACCCACAAGGACAAGGAAAAGGAGCUGGAGGCCAUUCGGGAGCGAUAUUUGGGUAUCGUGAAGAAGAAGCGACGAGUGAGGCGUCUCAACGAUCGCAAAUUCGUCUUCGACUGGGAUGCUGGCGAGGACACAUCCAUUGAUUACAAUAAUCUGUACAAGGAGCGUCACCAUGUGCAGUUCUUUGGUCGCGGCAACGUAGCCGGCAUCGACAUCAAAGAACAGAAGCGCACCCAGAGCCAAUUCUAUGGGGACCUGCUGGAGAAGCGUCGCACAGAGGCCGAGAAGGAGCAGGAGAAGGUGCGCUUGAAGAAGAUGAAACGGAAGGAGGAGAAGCAAAAGUGGGACGAUCGCCACUGGUCCGAGAAGGACAACGACGAGAUGACUGAGCGCGAUUGGCGCAUCUUCCGUGAGGAUUACAAUAUAACCAUCAAGGGUGGCAGGAUACCCAAUCCCAUACGGAGCUGGAACGAGUCCGGCUUCCCGCCGGAGAUCAUCGACAUUAUCGAUAAGGUCGGCUACAAGGAGCCCACGCCCAUUCAGCGCCAGGCCAUACCCAUUGGCCUGCAGAAUCGUGACAUUAUUGGCGUGGCCGAGACGGGUUCGGGAAAGACGUUGGCCUUCCUGAUUCCCCUGCUCUCAUGGAUUCAGUCUUUGCCCAAGAUUGAGCGUCUGGAGGAUGUGGAUCAGGGCCCGUAUGCCAUCAUCAUGGCACCCACCCGUGAGUUGGCCCAACAGAUUGAGGAGGAGACGAUCAAGUUCGGCCAGCCCCUGGGCAUACGUACUGUGGUCGUGGUGGGCGGUUUGUCCCGUGAGGAGCAGGGCUUCCGCCUGCGUCUGGGCUGUGAGAUUGUCAUCGCCACACCGGGUCGUCUCAUAGAUGUGCUGGAGAAUCGCUACCUAGUGCUGAAUCAAUGCACAUACAUUGUCCUCGACGAGGCAGAUCGUAUGAUUGACAUGGGCUUCGAACCCGAUGUCCAGAAGAUCCUCGAGUACAUGCCCGUGACCAAUCUCAAACCGGACACCGAAGAGGCCGAGGAUGAGAACAAACUUAUGGAGAACUUCUACACGAAGAAGAAGUACCGCCAAACCGUGAUGUUCACGGCAACGAUGCCGCCGGCGGUGGAGCGUCUGGCCCGAUCCUAUCUGCGACGCCCAUCCACCGUGUACAUUGGUUCCAUGGGCAAGCCAACGGAGCGCACAGAACAGAUCGUGUACAUGAUGGGCGAGAACGACAAGCGCAAGAAACUCAUGGAGAUCCUGUCGCGCAAGAUCGAUCCGCCAGUCAUUAUUUUCGUCAACCAGAAGAAGGGCGCCGAUGUGCUGGCCAAGGGCCUGGAGAAGCUCGGCUACAAUUCGUGCACACUUCACGGCGGCAAGGGCCAGGAGCAGCGAGAGUACGCUUUGGCGGCCCUCAAGUCGGGCGCCAAGGACAUACUGGUGGCCACCGAUGUGGCUGGUCGUGGUAUCGACAUCAAGGACGUCUCCCUGGUUAUCAACUACGACAUGGCCAAGUCCAUCGAGGACUAUACACAUCGUAUCGGUCGUACGGGUCGCGCUGGCAAGACUGGUUGUGCCAUCUCCUUUGUCACCAAGGACGACAGCGGUCUCUUCUACGACCUCAAGCAGUGCGUCACGGCCAGUCCGGUGUCCACAUGCCCACCCGAACUGACAAAUCAUCCGGAGGCACAGCACAAGCCCGGCACCGUAGUCACCAAGAAGCGCAGGGAGGAGAAAAUAUUCGCCUAAGAUUCUCUUUCAAUUUUCGUGUGAAAAUAAAAUUAUGAUAAAACUAUCCAAUAAAGCGAGCGACAUAAGGAUCUGUUUCCAGGGAUCCCACCAUUUCCAUUUUAA